AUGGGUCAAGCAUAUUCACUUACCACCCUCUCUGCAGGCUCAGCCAGCAUUGACGUACCCGAAUUGGCUGAUCUUGUUCACGAAAAGUCACUUGGCACAGCCCGUCUCAUGAAGAGUAUCCGGGCCCGGAACCAACAUGGUCUGGUUUUUGUCAAAGCUUUUGUCAAACCUUACGCUUCUUUUGGCCUUCGCAGGUACCUGGACAUCAUCACUGAAGAACGGGACGCGCUCAGAGACAUCUCGAACGCCUUGCCUUACCAGCGGAUCCUCGAAACCGUUAACGGAGGCUUUCUUGUACGUCAGUACAUUCACAGCUCCGUCUACGAUCGAAUGAGUACACGACCAUUCCUCGAAGAUAUCGAGAAAAAGUGGAUGACCUUUCAGCUGCUCUGCGCCCUCCGUGACUGCCACGCUCGAGAUGUUUUUCACGGCGAUAUUAAAAGCGAAAAUCUCCUCGUCACGUCCUGGAACUGGCUCUAUCUCACUGACUUCUCCUCGUCCUUCAAACCAACCUAUCUACCAGAGGACAACCCGGCUGACUUCUCUUUCUACUUCGACACCUCUGGCCGCCGUACGUGCUAUCUGGCCCCUGAACGCUUCAUCAGCAAGAGCCAGAGCCAGAUGGACGGCGACAUCAAUUGGGCGAUGGACAUAUUUAGUGCUGGAUGUGUAAUAGCGGAGCUUUUUCUUGAAGGACCGAUCUUUACAUUGAGCCAGCUGUUUCGAUAUCGAAAAGGUAACUUUAGCUUAGAGCACACACAUUUGAACAAAAUUGAGGAUAAAGAUGUGCGAGAGCUCAUUCUACACAUGAUUCGACUUGACCCAGAAUCAAGGUAUGCUGCAGAGGAAAUCUUGACGUUCUGGAGGGGAAAGGUCUUUCCUGAGUACUUCUAUGGGUUCCUUCACCAGUAUAUGUCGUCUUUGACGGAUUCAUCCUCCGGAAGCAAACCGAUUUCUCUGGACGUCAAUGCUAUAGAGCCCGACGAGAGGAUCGAGCGGAUAUACGCUGAUUUCGACAAGAUCUCUUACUUUCUCGGCUACAUCAAACAAAAUGAGCGGCAAGAUAGCACUCCUCCAAGUGUUUUAGUGGAUCGAGGCAUGCCUAUACAUAUUGAUAUAAGCCAGAAGCCUUCUCUGACACCCGAGAUGCAAACAGAAACAGACAAAGGCACUCUGAUAUUCCUUGCGGUUGUUGUCUCUAGCUUACGCAACACCUCGAAGGCCGCAGCUCGAAUAAAAGCUUGUGAUCUACUUCUCGCAUUUGGUCAGAGAUUACCGGAUGAAGUCAAAUUAGACCGGAUAUUGCCAUAUAUCGUGGUUCUACUGUCAGAUAACGCCGACAUGGUCAAGAUAGCUGCUCUGAAAACCAUGACGCAACUGCUUGCUACGGUGCGUGUCGUGUCGCCAGUGAACGCCUACAUCUUUCCAGAAUACAUAUUCCCGAAGCUUAAAACCUUCAUGCUGAGUGCUUCGCAUCAACCGAGCUCUGUGAUCAGAUCGACUUAUGCAGCUUGUUUGGCUUCACUAGCCCAAUCUUCAGCGCGGAUCCUUGACUUGGUACAAGCUAUUAAGGCGGAUGGUAAUCUUCCCGAGCUGGCUGAGAAGGACUGGGCGUCAGGGGCAACCUUUCACGGCUUGUUUGAUGUUGCCCGGAUCGACCUUGUGACCCAUUUCGAGGAGGCCACAAAAGCUUUGAUUACUGAUAGUGACCCAUUAGUCAGACGAGCAUUUCUGGGAUCUGUUUCGAGCCUCUGUGUGUUCUUUGGAAGCUCAAAAGCUAGUGAUGUGAUACUCAGCCACCUGAACACUUAUCUGAACGACCAGGACUGGUUAUUGAAAUGCUCAUUCAUCGAGGUACUUGUUGGUAUUGCCACAUUUGUCGGAGUUGUCAACCUUGAGAAGUUUAUACUGCCGUUGAUGGUUCAAUCACUCACUGAUCCAGAAAGUUCUGUUAUAGAGAGAGUCAUGCGAUCAUUGACAAGCAUGGCUGACAUCGGAAUUCUUCAGAAAGCAACGUUGUGGGACCUGCUGACAAUAGUGGUACGCUUUCUUGUACAUCCAAGUCUGUGGAUCCGUGAAGCUUCGGCCCAGUUUAUUGCUGCUUGUGGCAAGCACCUGUCGGCAGCCGAUCGAUACUGCAUCGCAUUGCCACUGAUGCAACCCUUCUUACGUACGUCAAUAUUAGAGCUGUCAGAACUUGAAAUUCUGGACUCUUUGAAGAAGCCACUUCCAAGGCCGAUAUUGGAGAUGGCUGUGUUGUGGGCUACCAAAGUCGAUAGAGGCUUGUUCUGGAGGAAUGCGAUCCGUGAUGCAGUUUUUGUUUCACCAGAAGCAGAUUCAGCCACCCGAGUCAUUCCUUCUGUACGUCAGUUUCCAUCUCGUAUAUCGUCGUCACAACGAAACGAGGAGGAUGAGCAAUGGCUGACGAAAUUGCGCGGCCUCGGUAUGCAGAACGAGGAUGAAACAAAGCUUCUUGCUCUCCGGGAAUUCAUCUGGCGAGUUGCUCACCGAAAGACGAAUGCGGUGGACGUCAACUUGCAGAGCACAUUGAACAGCGUGGUAUCUUUGAACCAGAUCAACGUUACACCUCAAAACGUUUUCUUCGACAAUAAAGUACCUUUGCGAGAGAAGAGAGAUACCGGCCAGCACCGUCUAGAUCAUGUUGGGGAUGGCAGAAGACCACAUACCAUUGCAGACGCGUUGCUUGAUGCUUCCACCACCAUAUACGAGUCAGCUGGGGGACAGAAAUCAUAUACAGGUAAUCCAGCACAGCAGGAUGCCUCUGAACAGACGAAGGCGAGGCAGAUCCCCAAGCCAAAAAUCCUUCCAGGCCCGUCGUCGAGUCCAUCUCCUUAUUCGUCUUCUCGAACAAACUCUUACAAUUCUUCCACACCACAGCCUGAGCACGACAAAAAUAAAUCAUCGAAAACAAGAAUUGGCACAGAGGGUGACGAGCAAGGACUAAGUGAACCCGAAACGCAUUACCGCUUGUCGGUAGGAAAGAGCUCGGACAACUCCCUGCGUCACAGGUCGAGUGCGAUCAACCUUCUCAAUCGAAAGGAGACCUCCAAAGCGAAUGCAGCGACCUCUACUACAUCUGAAAAUGCAUUCGGCAAACUAGAUGGGCCCCUGCAGCCGCGUCGUACCACGGAGCUCUCAGCACUUUCUUUUGCUGCUGCACCGUUGAAAUCCCAAUCCAACUCCCCUGAGGGUGAAAGUGAAGAACAAAGCUAUGAACCCAAUCACUCAUACAGCGGCAACGAUCGGAACAUUCUCCGCUUACUCGAACAUCACUUCCUUGAGAACUACCCCUUAGACGUACAUGACUUAGGCCCAGAGAGACAAGCAAUCGACCCAAAAUCUCCCAUACCACGAGUUUCCGACUCAUCUCAGCAGACAAAUGGAGCCGGCGUACCGGAAAGCCCCAUCACUCAUUCAGAGCCCUGGCAUCCAAGCGGCCGCUUGUUGACCGUAUUCAGCGAGCACACCGCAGCGGUGAACUGCGUCGUGCCCUCACCCGACCACACUUUCUUUGCGACAGCUUCUGACGACGGCACCUGUCGAAUCUGGGACACGACUCGCCUCGAGAAGAACGUAAGCCCAAGAUCGAGGCAGACUUACAAGCACGCGACUGACGUGAAAGUCAAAGCUCUGUGUUUCGUGGAAAGAACGCAUACUUUCAUCAGCGGCGCUGAUGACGGAAGCAUACACGUGGUCAGGGUCGACUAUAAGAAAGUGGACGGCGGCGAGAGCACGCGCUAUGGGAAGCUAAGACUUAUGAGGGAGUACCAGAUACCACAGAGUGACAAGCCAGGAGCCGCUGAAGAUACAAUGGACCGGGCGACAGAGCAUGCGGUUCGUGUUCACCAUUAUCGCACCUCCAAUUCACAAUCCGUGCUACUGCUUCUGACCAGCAGAUCGCGAGUGCUUGCCAUUGACCUUAAAACCAUGAACCUACUCUAUACCUUCAAUAAUCCUCCUGCUCACGGCUCGGUCACCACCUUCCUCGUCGAGAAAAGACAGACCUGGCUUCUCAUAGGAACUUCGCAUGGAAUCUUCGAUCUGUGGGACCUCAGAUUCCGGCUGCGUAUCCGAAGCUGGGGUCUCAAAAGCGGCCGCCGGAUCCAGAGCAUCUACAUGCAUCCAUCCAAGGGGAAAGGCAAAUGGGUGGUCGUGGCAGCUGGGCCCGAGAUCGGCGUCUGGGACAUCGAAAAAGCCACCUGCAAAGAAGUGUAUCGACCUGAAUCGCCGUCUACUAACCCAUCGUCAUCCGCCACCGAAGCUGUAGCAACCCGCGCCGCCACAAUCGCGAGCACGAAACCCUACGAGCCAUGGUUCCCCGACGACGAACCCGCAGACAAACUGCUCAGCCGCUUCGCAGACCGUCUCGUGGCCGACGGCGCCCUUGUAGAUCCAGCCCAGCUCUCCCCAUCCUCUGAUACACAAGGCAGACGGGAAGCCAGCAGUAGGACUCCGUCAGAAAACGCCAUCACGGCCCUCUGCAUCGGCUACGACAACAUCCACAACCCGUCUAAUCCGCAAUAUCCCGUCAAAGCCCCCUUCAUCAUCUCCGGCGGCUCGGACCGCAAACUCCGGUUCUGGGACCUCACACGUCCGGACUACUCAUCCACCAUAUCUGGUAUCCGACCAUCGCCCGAUGACGGCUUCACCAUCCCAAAGCUGCGCUACGAUAUCUCCCAUCCCGGCGGGCAGAUCACGCUUGUCUCGGAAUAUUUGCCAUCGUCAUCGUCAUCUACGGGUGCCGCUGGUCACCAAACGACCACGCCUAGGAAAGGAGGUGCGAAGGCGAAUACCAGUGGUGGCACUUCUGCGUCGGUGGGUAGUAACAAGCCGCCACGAUCGACGAUCAUCUCGAAACAGCAGCAGAUGCUGUUGAAGAAUCAUCUGGAUGGGAUCACGGAUUGUUGUGUUUUACGGAGGCCGUAUGGGGUUGUGGUCAGUGUGGAUCGAGGGGGUGGCGUUUAUGUGUUUCAAUAA